GAGUGUCAGGUCAGGCUGGAUCAAGGGCCCAAAGAGAAAAGUUAGAAUUGCCUGGGGAGGAACUUCUGCUGGAUCGAGGGAGGAGGAAUGGAGAGUGUCCAGAGUGUGUGCAAGAGGAGAGGGGGACUAGAGAAGGGGAGGGUGCAGGGGACGGUAGGAGCCCUGAAGGCUGGGAAUGGCAGGCUGUAGGCCCUGGUCCCAGCUUUCCUCUCCAGGGAGAACCCCUCCUGCUCCAGCUACCUCGCCAACAGAAAGGGCUUCAGGAAAGCAAAAGUGACCCGUGAGGAGGGAGCCGGAGAGGCAAGCCCAGAUUCUGGAUUGCCUUCCAAGUCACUGACCCGGCCAUGCCCGCCCCGCUGCUCCCACUCCUGCUUCGAUUGCUGCUGUCCCGCCUGCUGCUGCCCGCCGCCCGCCUGGCCCGCCAGCACCUCCUGCCCCUGCUGCGUCGACUGGCCCGCCGCCUGGGCUCGCAGGACUUGCGUGAGGCUUUGCUGAGCUGUCUGUUGUUCAUCCUCAGCCAGAGACACCAGCCAGACUCUGGAGAGGCCUCCAGAGUGGCCCGCCCUGAGAGGAGAGAGAGGCUAGCCCCACAAAAAUGAGGCCACGAGUCCUGGUAACAGCAGGAACGAAAUGCUUUCUUGUGGAGUAAGACGGUCCUGGCACCAUCACUGACCGAAGCCUGCCCAGUGGGCACUAGACAUGGUUCGGGACUGAGCAUGAGAGGGGUCUGAACAAGACUUGCCUCCCGGCCCCAGCAGGAAUGACUGGAACCAUGCCCUGCCUCUAGCAGAAAACUGGUCUGUACCUCCUCUCUGCAGUCCUCAGGGCCUUUCCUAAUCACCGGGCCACCUCCUUACCCCAGACAAAUGCAGGCAUGGGGUCCAGGGAGGGACAAUGUUUAACCCAGGGACAAUUGACCAUUUAGUGGAGAGGCAAGAUUUUAACCCAGACUGUCUUCCCGACUGAGGAUUUACCUUAAAAGCAUGAAACCUUGAUUUCUA